AUGCCGUCGCCGGACGCGGCGGCGAGGCACACGGGCGCCGGCGUGGCGCGUCGGCAGGCCCACCACGAGCGGAUGCGCGACGAGCGCGCUCGGGAAGCGGCCGCGGGCGAGGCGGAGCUUCCGCCGGAGGACGACGCGGUCGAGAUGGCGAGCGCCGUCCACGUGCUGGACAGCGUGCGGGAGGUGGGCCCGAACUACACCCUGCUGCGCAGCAAGGAGACGAAGGCGAAGCGGCGGAAGCGAAAGCGCGAGGAUGCCUACACGGGUUCUCCGCAAAAUUCCCGGCAUUUUGCCGAUUUGGCCUAA